CCCGACUGCCGUGAGCGAUGAACCUGACAUACUUCCCCCCCGUGGACGCAUCAACAUGCCCCCUCCCAACGUAUCCCUCCCUCGCGAGAGGUAGAUAUUACCCCGAGAAUCACCCAUAUAUGACAUGCCAGCUCGCACAAACAGCAGGGAAUCACGAACCGACCAGCAGCAAUUACCCCGAAUCCCCGACGUCUCGUCCCCCUACGGUCGGGCUAUCUCGCUCCGAGGGUGAAGCCCCAUCGAAGAAGGUAAAUUACAGAAACAAGCUUCGCAAACCAUGCAACAAUACAGCAGACAGAAUUCCAUACCAAGCCAACCCUUCAAGAUCCCUUCUCUCUAUCCCAUCGUUCUGUUGAUAACCUUAAACCCACCGCAUGCAGAUAGGGGUUAUGAGCAUGACGGAUGCGUGCAUGCCCAGGGCGGCAACUUGAAUCUUCUCAAUCCGGGAAUUUCAAUAGACGACAGCUUCUACGUCAUGGGUGCAGUUCGGAAUUCGGGGGGGGCGAGCUGAUUGGUGGGAUUAAGUGGUGGUGUCAGCAGGGCAGGGGUGGGCAGUAGCCGACCUGUCUGGGUCAGGUGAUCAAUUGCCGAUUUGGAGGGUAAUCUGGCGUUAGUUACAUGUACCGUGAGGGUGGACUGUGGGGUAUUAUGGUACAGUACUGCGUCUUGUACGGUCUGGAUGUUCUGGGAGUAGUGGUUGUUUGUGUGGUUGAUGUCGCUCGAGAUGGUAGUCUUGUCCUUCAAGGUGAGGAGGUAAGGGUCGGUAUGGCUCACCUAUAGACUCGGGAGGGGAAGUACUG